AUGUCAGCUCCUAUAAAAGGAGACCCUUCUUGGACUGACAUCAGCCUCAGCUGGGACCAAACUGGUGACACAGACCUGAUCUUUCUUCACCUGAUAAACAGGAAUUUAAAGGUGAGUCUUUACAGAGGAAGGGUUGUGGCAGCUGUUACAUAUCGAUGGACUGAGCAGGACAAGUGUCUAAGAGCCCAAUUUGGAAAUGGCGAUAUAAUUCUGGAUGCUAAUUUCUGUAUUAUAUUGUUCAUGAAUGGCAACGUAAAUUUGUUAACGCUUUAAUUGGAGCUGAAGUUACAAUGAAAAUUUGUCAGCCUGUUGUAUAGAUUUGACUCUUUGACUCUAACAUUGUUCAUUCUUACCUUUAAAGUAGCUGAAAGUGCCUGUAAUCUUACAUUAGGAGAUGAUAAAAGUGUCUGUAGUUCUGGGGAAACUAAUAGCGGUGUUUUCUUUCUCAUUCUCCAUCCUCAGCCCCAACUAUGGCUCGUCUGGAGAAUGCCAUUACAGGCCUUGUGGAGCUGUUCAAUGAGUACGCAGACUGUGAUGGUUAUAUAGCCAAGGAAGACUUCAAGGACAUGUUGGACAGAGAAAUUUCAAACCCUGAAGUUAAGGUAAGAAACUAAACUCACUUGUGAUGCAAUACAUUUCACAAAACACCUUUACUUACAACUAUUUGGCAUUUAUUGUUGUUAUGUGUGAUCAUCUCCAGGCUGAGGUCACUGAAGAAACACUGGACAAGGCCCUCGGAGCGCUGGAUCGGGACAAGGAUGGAUACAUCGACAUCAAAGAGUUUACUUUGUGUGUGGGUUUCAUGACCAGAUGCCUCUAUCACGUGGACAAAGUUGCAUAA